UCUCUCGAGUUUCCUCAACGCACUGUUACAAAUAUCUACAUUGUUGACAAAAAGUAGCUACGCCACAAUGUAAUUCACUGUGUACCAAUAAUUUACCAAAGCAAUGGCCUCUUUCACUUUAAUGUUUCUCUUUGCCAUAUUACUCAUAUUGUUCCCUUCAAGUUCUUCUGCAAUUGAUACCAUUAACGGGUCGCAGUCCCUUCCUGAUGGCACUACCUUGGUCUCAAAAGAUGGAGCUUUUGAAAUGGGUUUCUUCAGUCCAAGCAAUAGUAACACCACCACAAAUCGCUACCUUGGAAUCUGGUACAAAAGUAUCUCAGUUAAAACCGUUGUUUGGGUUGCAAACCGUGAAAAACCGGUUAAGGACAACUCCAGCAAGUUGAGCAUAAGCACACAAGGAAAACUUGUGAUCCUUAGCAAGAACAAUACUAUUGUCUGGUCAGCAAACUCAACUGAAGAAACACAUGCUAUGAGUCCAAUUGUUCAGCUUUUAGACUCAGGGAACUUGGUACUAAGAGAUGAGAAAGACACAGAUUCAGAAAAUUACUUAUGGCAAAGUUUUGACUACCCUUGUGAUACUUUUCUGCCAGGAAUGAAGAUUGGAUGGAACCUUAAGACGGGUCUUAACCGCCGUUUAACCGCGUGGAAGAAUUGGGAUGAUCCUUCUCCAGGGGACUUAAUUUGGGGUAUGAUGCUUGGUAACACUCCUGAAUUGGUUAUGUGGAAAGGAUCUAGUGAGUAUUAUAGGAGUGGUCCUUGGAAUGGUGUUAGAUUCAAUGGCAAAACCACUCCCAUUUUUAACUUGGAACUACAGACCACUCUUGAGGAAGUGUAUUACACCUACAACCUUGGGAAUAACUCAUUGAUUACAAGAGUUGUUUUGAACCAAUCUUUGUAUUCUCGCCAGCGUUAUAAUUGGAUUGAAGAGAACCAAACUUGGAGGCUUUAUUCAUCAGUUCCUAGAGACAAUUGUGACAACUACAAUCUUUGUGGUCCAUAUGGGAAUUGUAUUGUGAGUGAGUCACCACCCUGCCAGUGUUUAACCGGGUUCAAGCCAAAAUCAGUUCAAAAUUAUGAGGCAUUGGAUUGGAGCCAAGGAUGUGUGCUUAGUGAACCUUGGAGCUGUGGGGUCAGAAAAAAAGAUGGUUUUAAAAAAUUUAGUGGGUUGAAAAUGCCAGAUACUACAAGGACUUGGGUUGAUGGAAAUUUGACACUUGAGGAAUGCAAGGCUAAAUGCUUGCAAAACUGUUCUUGCACAGCAUAUGCAAACUUAUAUAUCACAGGAGAUGGCAAUGGUUGUAUCAUGUGGUUUGGAGAUUUGCUUGAUUUAAGGGUGGCUUCUGUUCCCGGGCAGGAUCUAUAUAUUCGAAUGGUUGCAUCAGAAACUGGAGGGCAUAAGAAAGUGGUAGCACUAGCAGUGGUGAUUCCUGUUAUUCUCGUGGUUUUUGUGAUUGUUUUCAUUUUCACAUAUCUUUACUGGCGGAAAAAAAAGGUUAGAGAAAAUGCUUCAGAAGAAAAGAAAGAAGAAGAUCGUGAAGAAGACUUAGAUCUUCCUUUCUUUGAUUUUGCUACAAUAGUUUGUGCCACUAAUGACUUCUCAAGUGACAAGAGGCUUGGCCAAGGUGGUUUUGGCCCUGUGUAUAAGGGUACACUAGAAGAUGGACAAGAGAUUGCUGCCAAGAGGCUUUCUAAUAAUACUGGACAAGGAAUAAAAGAAUUCAAGAAUGAAGUUAUAUUGUGUGCCAAACUUCAGCACCGGAAUCUUGUUAAGGUUCUUGGUUGUUCCAUUCAAGGAGAGGAAAAAGUGCUCAUCUAUGAAUACAUGCCAAAUAAAAGCCUAGAUUCAUUUCUCUUUGAUUCUUCCAAAAGUGGACUCCUAAGCUGGUCUAAACGCUUUAACAUUAUAUUUGGAAUUGCUCGAGGACUUCUUUAUCUUCAUCAAGAUUCUAGAUUAAGAAUCAUUCAUAGAGACAUGAAAGUAAGUAAUAUUCUACUAGAUAGUGAGUUGAAUCCAAAAAUUUCAGAUUUUGGUGUAGCUCGAAUGGUUAAUGGAAAUCAAACUGAAGGGAAUACAAAAAUGGUGGUUGGAACAUAUGGCUACAUGGCACCAGAAUAUGCAAUUGAUGGGCUAUUCUCUGUCAAAUCCGAUGUAUAUAGUUUUGGGAUACUAUUACUUGAGAUAGUAAGUGGGAAGAAAAACAGAGGAAUUUUCUUUCCGGAUCAUGGAUUCAAUCUAUUAGGACAUGCAUGGAGAUUGUGGAAAAAGGGCACUCCAAUGGAAUUAAUUGAUGCAACUUUGGGUGACACCUUUAACAUAUCAGAAGUACUGCGCUGCAUUCAUGUUGGUCUUCUAUGUGUACAACUACAUCCAGAGGAUAGGCCAAACAUGGCAUCAGUGAUUUUUAUGUUGAGCAGUGAAAACACUUUGCCACAACCUAAGGAACCUGGAUUCCUUAUUGAAAGGAUGAAGAUUGCAGGAGAAUCUUCAACUAGCAAUGAAAUUAAGACUUCCACUAAUGAAUUAACUGUGACACUGCUAGAGGCUAGAUAGAGAUGUUUUAGUAUACUUUUGUGUCAUGUAAAUUCAGUAUUCUAUUUACUCAAAGGCCUUCACAAGUUAAAGUUCAGUCUAUAACAGUAUAGCCCAUUAUCACUCACAGGAAAAACUUCAUAUAUAUAUAUAUAUAGAUAUGUAUAUACUUUUCUUGAAUUGGUUGAAGUAAUGUAAUAGAUUGUUAUACAUAAUAUCCUAAAGUUGACAAUUAAAAACUAAAAUGUAUUUGUAGAACUUGGCUGGAGUAUACUAUAUCUUGUGCUUGACGUAGG